AUGACGAAAAGUGCUAAGAGCAAGAAAGAGAAAAAUGCUGAUUUUACUAAACGAAGGUUGAAGCUUGGGAAGGGGAAGCAAGCUGCGAGCAAUGCAGUUGACACUUCGUUCAAGGCGCGAUCUAUUGCUUUGCCCCAGCAGAGUAUUACAAUCUCGACGGGAUCUUUAGAACCUACAACGAAACGAAGGCUUACCCUGGAUGCCUUGCUAGCGCAUUUGAGGCACUAUGCAGCGGGCACACGCAGAGAUGCAUUACAUGGGCUGCAAGAACUGCUGGGAGAACACAGUGCGCUCAUUGAGCCGAACUUAUCAAAAUUAGUCAACGGUUGUGUCCGCCUGAUAAAUGACGAGGAUGCGUCAGUCCGCAGAUCUCUGCACUCAUUACUAGCAUGGCUUCUUCCUCGAAUCCCUCGAGAACAUCUCGUGCCACACGCUCCGACCCUGCUCCUUUUCACUGCUUCCGCUCAAUCACACAUAUUCCCGGAGAUAAGAAUUGAUGCGAUAAGCAUUAUAGACCUUCUGCUUGGGGUGAUUCCGGAGCAGGUAGUGGCAGGGUUCUGGAACGACAAUACGGGCAGAAACCAGGACUAUCAUGGACGGAAGGUGCUGGACGGGUUCCUUGGCCUUCUGAACAUAGGCACAAGAUUCAAUGAAGAUGAGACCAAGUCGUCCAGGUCGGUACCUGAUGCUGAACGCCAAGCAACAACUGCCUCAAAAGCGCGCAUUUUGAAGUCGUUCUCGAGGUUUCUAUUUCACGCAUUGCAGCAACCGUCUGAGCACGGUUCUGUUGCGGAUCUCCAAGGUAGAGACACGAUACCUCUUUGGUACCUUUCUGGAUCAUUUAAAUCCCAUGAGGCAUUUCUUUCAUUUGCCAACCUUCUUUCUCUACGACGAUCGAACAAACUAGCUCAUCGCCGAGAUAACGUACAAUCAUACGGUGACGGUACCGACUUUUAUGGGCACUUUCCUCUAUGCGACAUUUCGGAAAAUCAGAAUGCACCGCUUAACCUCGUGGAUUUGGAUAUUCAUGAAAGUUGUGCCUGCCGAGCUAAUCGUACCGCGAAGUCACUUUGCCGGACAAUCCACCCCGUGCUGGUGUCUUCGCUCCUCGAUGCCGCCCCAUCUGUAUUUUCACCAUCCCAAGCGAGCCCCGAGACAGAGCUUGAGCUCACUAGCUCACUGCUGGAAAUCGCUCGAUCCUUGUACGGCUGUUCUCUUCGAGAUAAUAGUAUCUCAUCGGAUCAAAAGCAAGCUGUCCUGAACGACCUAAGCAUAUUCGUUGCUCACAUGUUCCCGUACUUUCCUUUCGGCGAGAAUCGGAUGUUUGCACCAGAAAUAAAGUCGGAAAAUGCCUUUCAACAGAUGAACCUCAUGUAUUGCGAGCUCUUCUCACUUCAGACGCUGGAUCAUACCUUGGAUCUGAGUCCGCGGCGAGAAUCUCGCGGGCCAACGGCGAAGCGACGAAAGCUUGACCCGCAAACAAAGAAAGCAAAUUCUUCGACUGGAACAAGCAACGGUGCGGAUAAACAAGCGAAGAGGGUACGAGAGUUCGUCGUUCGAUACCUUAGUGGGUCACCGAGCUCAGGAGCAAGUGCGACUCUGCACCCGCUAGGCCAUGCGCUCACAGCGCAGACGUAUACCGCUCUUUUACCGACACUUUGGUGGUUAAUCAACAGCGAAGGUGAUAACUCCGAUAUUCUAGGAGCCGUUCUACAACAUGCUAUGAAGGCGGGUUCUUCUAGUGGUGUAAAGCCGGUCGCAACGGAAUUCGUCGGGCGACUCGUCAUGCUUCAAAGUGAGCGAGCGUACCAAGGGGGAGGGUCGUUCAGAGUUGGAAGCCUCUUGCAUGAAGACUUGCAGAAAGCCUGUCAGAAUUGGUUUUGUCAUUUGCCCAAGGUACUCUGGGAGCUUGGUGAUAAGAGUCCGGCCACCAUAGAGCUAAUUUUGCUCCUCAUCCUUCGACUGAGGCAACGUCGAUCAUGGAUAAACAAUGACGAGACCCUUGUUUCCUUCUGCUCCCGUCUAGUACCCUUCUUUACAGUGCAACACGCUACUCGCGGUGAACUUCGUGGUCCAUAUACACGGAUAGGUGGAACCGCGGUAGAACCAGGGAUCCUGCCAGGCCUUUCGGACCCGAAUGGAACAAGACAACAACCCGGCCCGACACCUCUCAAAACCCUCGCCCUCGAUGUUGCAUCGUCGUUAGUCUCGACUAUACAAACACGAAACGAUAGACCCCGGAAAAUGCCUCCGCGGACGGGCGGGCGGGCCGGUGACGUUCACCCUGCUCGUUCAGGAACUGAUCCGGUUUCGGUGUCGGAAUUGUCGGCAUCAGUGGUGAGCGCACAAGCUGCUCUGCGAUCUGCUGUGGACAAGGCUGUUUCGGGCACGACGGAGGAGGCAUACUGGCUUGGCGUUUCGCGUUCACAAUGA